CUUCGCAAUCGGCCAUUUCGUCUGUGCAGGCCAUCAGUCGUAGAGGGCAGUGGGUUAUAUCGAUUGUACUGUUAUCUGAAAGGCACACCAAGAACAUCGCACCAUGAAUGAGACAGCUAUUUCUUUUGCCAAGGACUUCUUGGCCGGUGGCAUCUCCGCUGCUAUCUCCAAAACAGCCGUCGCCCCAAUCGAGAGAGUGAAGCUUCUCCUUCAGGUCCAGCAUGCCAGUAAGCAGAUCACCGCGGAUAAGCAGUACAAGGGUAUCAUGGACUGUGUUGUCCGUAUCCCCAAGGAGCAGGGGUUCCUUUCCUUCUGGAGAGGUAACCUUGCCAAUGUCAUCAGAUAUUUCCCCACCCAGGCCCUCAACUUCGCCUUCAAGGACAAGUACAAGAAGGUCUUCCUUGAUGGUGUUGACAAGCGCACCCAGUUCUGGAGGUACUUCGCCGGUAACCUGGCCUCUGGUGGCGCCGCCGGAGCCACCUCUCUCUGCUUCGUGUACCCCCUUGACUUCGCCCGUACUCGCCUGGCUGCUGAUGUGGGAAAGGCUGGAGCCGGUAGAGAGUUCAAUGGUCUGGGAGACUGCCUGGCUAAGAUCUUUAAGUCUGAUGGCUUGAAAGGUCUGUACCAGGGCUUCAAUGUGUCCGUGCAGGGAAUCAUCAUCUACAGGGCUGCAUACUUCGGCAUCUAUGACACAGCAAAGGGUAUGCUUCCAGACCCAAAGAACACCCAUAUAUUGGUGAGCUGGAUGAUUGCACAGACUGUGACAGCUGUUGCUGGCCUGACCUCAUACCCCUUCGACACUGUCCGUAGACGUAUGAUGAUGCAGUCUGGUCGCAAAGGAGCUGACAUCAUGUACAGCGGGACCAUUGACUGCUGGCGUAAGAUUGCACGCGAUGAGGGUGGCAAGGCUUUCUUCAAGGGAGCCUGGUCCAAUGUGCUCAGAGGCAUGGGUGGCGCCUUUGUGCUGGUGUUGUAUGAUGAGCUGAAGAAAGUCAUGUAAUUUGUCAUAUUGUCACAUCACUGUCCAAUUUGGCUAAAUGUAAUAACUCUCCAUUUCUAUGGACUCUGCAUUCUGCCUUAUUUAUGGGAACAAAAUAGUGUCUCACCCCUAGCUGUGGGUGAAGGCUGUACAUUGUGCAUCUUUAUGAUUUUAAACGUUCCACACCCUCUUUACCAAUGUCAUUCCUGUUAAAGAAAUCUGAUACCUCCUCCUGUCAUUCACUAGGUUUGUAUGGUCCCAACUUGAAGAAUAAAUUUAUUCUGGGGAACAAUCUAAA